AUGCAUAGAAAAACUCUCGAUCUGUUUUGGAUCAUUCUACUCACGCUAUCCUCUUGCUUGUUUGCAGAUGAUACUUGCACUGUUACCGAAACCACUACGACGGCAACCUACGCCUCUAUUGACUGUCCUCCCAGUUCAUCCAAUUCACCCACAACCAGCAGUAAGAAAUACAUAGACAACGGUUGCACAACAACUACCACUGUUACACCUACAAAAUGUGUUACAUGUGCUUCUGCCUUUGAGACAUGCAAUCCUGAUAUUACUAGCGCAUGUUGUGACAUCAGACUAGUUUGUGUAAAUUUUCCACCGCCAACGUGCGCUUAUAUGUAA